AUGAUGUUUUCGAAUUCAAGUGAUGUUUAUUCAGAUGAAUAUCAAAAUGAAUAUGAAAAUGUUGAAUUAGUUCGUCAAUUAGAUGAUAACGAUAAAUUUAAAACAGAUAAUAUUAAUAAUCUUGAAGAAUUAUUAAAAAAAUCUCGUCGAUUAAAUAAUUCAAAAACAAUUCGUUUAAUUGAUGAAAAAUUAGAAAAUUUAUCAAAUCAAAAAAUUCAAUCUAUUGAAAAUUUAAUUUUAUCAUGUAAUCAAAUUCGAAUAUCGAAUCAAUUUAAUUGGACACAUUUACCAAAAAAACUUCGAUCAUUAGAUUUAUCUGGAAAUUUUCUUUCAUCAAUAAAUGGAAUUGAAAAAGAAAAUAAUCAAUUAGAAAGUCUGACUCUUUCGUUUAAUGAAAUAAAUCAAAUAUCUGAUGUAUUUUCACUUGAAAAAUGGUCAAAUUUAUGUUUACUUGAUAUAAGUUAUAAUAUGUUAAGUAAUUUAAAAGAAACAGUUGAAUCAUUAAAAAAUUUAUCAAAACUUCGAAUACUUUAUUUACAUGGAAAUCCUUUAUCGUUAUUAGUUGAUUAUCGUAUAUAUGUUGUUAAUUCUCUUGAAAAAUUAAUUAUUCUGGAUGAUAUAAGAAUAACUGCCGAAGAAAGAUUUCGAUCACGAGCAUAUUCAAUUAUCGAUCGAAAAGAUAAAGAUUAUGUACUUUUUCAAAUAACAUUUUCAACUAUUGAAAAUGUUCCGACACCACCUAUUAAUCAAAAUGAAUGGCCAUUGCAAGUUCAUCGUUAUAAAAUGCGUCUUGAUUGGUUUGAAGAAGAAGAAGAAGAUAUAAAAGAAAUCGAUAUACCAUUUGAUAAAAUGUCUAAUUUUAAAAGAUUUAAAAAAAGUCAAUUUGAAUCUUCAUUUGCUGAACAUAAACCAAAUAUUGAUUUAUUACCAAAUACUUUUAAUUUAACAAUAAAUAAUAUUAUUCCAUUUCGAGAUUUUCUUUUUCAUGGUACAAAAUGUCAAUUUAUUCAUCAAAUGACUGAAUAUUGGUCUCCUGAUCAAUUAAACCAAGCUAAUGAUCAAAAAACAAAAGCAAAUUCAAGUAAAGAUAAAAAAAAUGAAAGUCCAGUGAAAAAAAAGAAAAUCGAAGAUUUAAGUAAAUUAGUUACUAUUAAAGAUCCAAUUGAAACAAUAUUAGCAGAAUUUCAUGUUGAACUUCGACCAUUUCUUGAUGGAGAUUAUCAAGUUUAUUUUCAAUAUAAGUCUCCUAUUGAACAAUCACAACAACAACAACAAUUAACUGAUUCAAUUAAUCAAACAAAAUCAGGUAAACGAAAAGAUGGUGAGAAAAAUGAUCCAAGUAAAGAUAAAAAACGUUCAUCAGCUUCAAAAUCAAAUCAAGAUAAAACAAAAGAUCAAUCAAAAGAUAAAAAACAAUCUAAUGAAAAUGAAGCCGAUUUAAAUAAUUUAUCUCAACCACUUCAAUGUUCUAUUCAAUUUCAACUCCAUCGAUUUGUUUCAGAACAACAAAUUAUUUAA